AUCUGAUCUGAUCUAAGGCAUUGAGAGCUUGUUUGGUUUGAGACAUUGAGACAUUUUGUGCUUCUUGCAGCAGACGAGCCUGAAAUGCGGCGUAUGGAUGCUAUUUAUUUCUCAACAGUGAUUUAAAAGCUUGAGUUUUCAUCUUGCUUUAUUAAGUUUGAGAGAGGGCAGAUCAGGAGUCACCAAAAAAGCUGAAACUCGAUCUCACCUGAGACUGAAAUCUCACAGACACUCUCAUUCUGAGUCUUCAGUAUAGAAGGAUCAUAGCUGAUUUGAAUUUAAUUUGAACAGUGCAGCUUGUGCAUAACUUCCUUGUACAUUGACAAGGGGUGCCAUGGAGAUAGAAGCUAACUCACAGGAAACAUCUCCACUUACGUCUAAAGCCAUGUGGUGGGGCACCCUGGGGUCUGUUCGGCCUUUCCCAAAUUUCCGUCCCGAGAGAGAUGCUACAGUCCUUCACACUGCACUGGAGAAGAAAGAUGUGAGCACCAUUGUGAGAAUACUGACCAAUCGCAGUAAUGCUCAGAGACGAUCUCUUGCCCAGGUCUACAAGAAUUUCUCACAAAAAGAAUUGGACGCAAGUCUGAAGAAGGUUCUUUCCGGUGAUCUGCAGUCUCUGAUACUUGGACUGAUGAUGAUACCAGAGCAGUUUGAGGCCCAUCGCUUACGCAAAGCCAUGGAGGGGGCUGGUACAGAUGAAGAAACCCUUUUAGAGAUUUUGUGCACAAGGACACCACAGCAGCUCUCAGACAUCAGGGCUGCAUACAAUCAAGAGUAUAAGCGGGAUUUGGAGAAAGACUUGAUAAGUGAAACCAGUGGAGAUUUUUCAAAGCUCAUUGUGGCGUUGUUGAAGAAAGAGAUUGGGCCAGGAAUUAUUGACCAGGAUAUAGCAUCUUUAUCUGAGGAGCUGAAAAACAAGAAACCUGCAGCUGAUAUUUGGAUCAAAUUACUCACCACAAGAAACCCAGACCAUCUUAGAACUGUGCUGGAAGAACUGGAGUUUGAGAAAGGCCAGACAGUCGAGGAUGCUUUAGAGGGACAUUUUAAAGGAAUCCUCUCUGGAGACCUCAAAAAGGGCUUAAAGACACUAGUGCAGUGUUUAAAGAACCAGUAUCUAUUCUUGGCACAACGGAUCCAAACUAUGAAAUCAUCGGUGGUCCAGGGUGUGAUGGUGGCUCACAGUGAGGAGGAUCUAUUGAGAGUUAGAGUGGCAUACCUUCAAUCAACGGGAACCUCUCUGUACACGGCCUUACAGAACAGUUCAAAGGUGAACUCCAGCAGGGUUUGUUGGCUAUAUGCCGUGCAGAAGAUUAGAAAAAGUGCUGUACUGUAUAUGAUACAAAUGAUAAACAUUUGCGUGCACACAGUGAAAGCACAAUCCAUCCAUUUUUUUUUUACUGAAAAGCUUUGUGUCUGAAUGAAUAAAUAAAUUAAUAAAAUUUUACUGAGAA